UGGGUAACUAAGCCAGUUUUCCUUUACACCAGUUUUGAUAAAUCUCCCCUUUAUGUUUUAUUUCCAUGCCAUAUUUUCCUUGCCAUUUUGGAAAGUUUGUCUUUAAAUUAAGAGGCCGAAGAGGUUUACAGUUCAAACACUUCUCACAGCUGAGGGUUUAAUCGUUUUGUAUUCAGUGUAGCCAUUGUCUGUGAGUUAGGGCUCAUUCACACGAGUGUGUGCGCCCCGUGCCCAUAUUGCGGACCACAAACAGCAGGUCCGCAAUAUAUGGGUACCGGCCAUGUGCACUCCGUAUCACGGAUGCAGACCCAUUGACUUAAAUGGGUGCACAAUCCUCAAAAUACAGAGCGGUGCAGAGCAGAGGCACGGAGCGGAAGCCCACAGAAGCACUACGAAGCACUUCCGUGGGAUUUCGGUCCGUGUCUCCACACCGCAAAAAAUAGAACGGGGUGCGGUGCGGACCAUAUAUUGUGGAUCGUCGAACAUUCAAGUCAAUGGAUCCGCAUCCGCAAAUGGCGUGCCCAAGGACAGUGCUCGUGCAUUGCGGUCCUUUAUAUGCGGUCCACAGCAUGGGCAUGGGGCACACACUCUAGUGUGCAUAAGCCCUUAAUUAAACAUCCUGGACUCCAGACUGAUACAUUUUUCCACCCUUUAAAUUUAAAAAGAUUGUUUCUGUUCACUGAUGGCAAACAGAGAUCUUGAAAACUGAGACAUUGAAAGCUGCAGUGCCUUUUAUUACACACUGAGGAUCCUUGGAACAGUUCUGAUUCUUGUUCUUCACUGCGGUGUCGGUCGUAUUUAACCCUUUUCUUGCUCCAGCACUUUGGUUUACAUUAGGUCAUUCGUACAGUCCUGCUGCCGGUGGUACAUGCAGGAGGUGUGGUUCUAUCGCUAGGGAGCUGCUGCUUCAUAUAAAACACAGCUGUCCUAUACUUGACAGCGAGAGAGUUGGACGCUGCAAGAGACAUUCACAUCCCAGAGGGAAAACCUCGUCGUCAGUGUCCUAGGACACGGUGGCUUCUCAUAUACUGGAGGAUAUUUCAGGGUGUUUACAGACCAUCAGCAAGGCAAGAGAACGCUCAGGACCUAGCAGGAAUCAGAUUCGGAGUCCUCUUCGGGGCAGAGAUGUGUGCAGCUCGUGCCCCACUGAGGAGGAGAGCUAGCACACCCCUACCUUGCGCACACCAGAACCGUUCCCACGCCAACAACCCCAUCAUGGACAUUUCUGCUUCCUGUCAGCAUGCAGGAGAAACAGAUGGAACAGAUGGUCCUUCAGAAUCACAGGGAUCAGAGGGAACAUCUGAUGGACUCGUUAGGGUCAUUCUGCUGGGAGAUCCUGGUGUUGGGAAGUCAAGUCUGGUCGGCAUAUUCAGAAGAGAUCAAGACAGGGAAUCAGCAGAACAACAACAAGAGCUGUACCAGUGCACCCUGACGGUGGAUGGAGAAGACACCAGCCUUCUCUUGAUGGACAUCUGCGAGAUUCAGAAGCGAACAGAUGGAUGUACUAGAGCUCUUCGAAUGGGUCACGCUUACAUCAUUGUAUACUCCGUCACAGACCGCUCCAGCUUUGAAAGCGCCUCGGAGUUACGGAUUCAGCUCAGGCGCACACGUCAAUAUGAAAAUAUUCCAAUAAUCUUGGUAGGAAACAAGACAGACCUUGUCCGCAGUCGAGAAGUGUCUGUAGAAGAGGGCAGAGCCUGUGCCGUGGUGUUUGAUUGUAAAUUUAUCGAGACUUCAGCUGUCCUGCAGCACAACGUCCAAGAGCUGUUUGAGGGGAUGGUGCGUCAGAUACGGCUACGGAGAGAAGGGGCUGAUCCAGCCGAAAGCUUCCGCAUACGAAGCCAUCGCAAAGAAAGCCUCAGCAAGCGGGCACGCAGGUUCCUGGACCGGCUUGUAACCCGAAACAGCAAGACCGUUUUGAGAGUACAUUCACGGUCGUGUCAUGACCUGUCUGUCCUGUGAGAGGUUCUUUGAUGGACAGUAGGAACCUAGAACACUUCAAGCAGAAGGUAUAGGCCAUGUGGAUGCAACACCCACCCACCUGAGGUGGAAUAUCCCAUUUGGGCCCAAUUAUGGCGGUUUCCGUCAACAUUUCAAAGGAUGUACAUUUUUUUUCCAACUGUGUCUUUUUUCAGCACUUUUCACUCUCAUUUACACUAUAGUCAUGUGAUUAAUAAACGACUAUUCUCUUCUUUAUUAUUUACCUCUCUGUAUACACAAAAUCCACAUCUCCGCUGCGCAUGAACUUAAGUAAAGGAGCUGGAGUCACCCUGAGACUCACCUCUCCUCCACAAUCUCUCCAUCUUCUUCUUUUUCCUCCCCCUCUCUCCUCUUGCAAGAUUUUAUGGAAUUUUGCCCAGCUCCCUUCUAAUCCAACACUGACCAAACAGUGGAAAAACUGAGCUCAGUGUUUAUGGAGAGAGGCCGGGAGAGACUGCACGGAUAGAGGGGGUGAGAGAGGAGGAGGGAUGGGAAUGACUUGCAGAUCCCAUGUCUUAGGCUCAGUUUCCUUGAAGAGGAUGUUAACCAUUUAAUGAGUGGAGCAGCGUGUCUUGCCAGCAUCUGAUUAUCCAGAGCGUGUGAAAGAGGCAAUUGUGGGUGCGGAUGGUGAGGAUGCUGAAACCUUAUGGAUGAAAGUUCAAACAGAUAUAAACCUGAAAAAAUAAUACUUGGUGUAAUCGAUAGACCCCCUAACAUCACAGAGAAGAUAGAAGCUCAACUGUAUAACCAAAUAGAGCGGGCUGCAGUGGUCAUAAUGGGAGAUUUUAAC